AUGGCUUUGUUGGUGCCUCCUGAAGACCUUAAGAUGAACGGGGACUUGGAAGAGACAUGGCCGCUCUUCAAGCAACGUUUCCUCCUCUACAUGAAAGCGACGGGCGCGGCGCAGUGGCCCAGCGACCAAAAAGUGGCCCUCUUCUUGACGGUGGCUGGGCCAGAGGCCUUGCAGGUCUACAACUCCUUCCAGCUGGACCCGGCGGAAGAAGAAGACUUUGAGGUGGUGCUGGCCCGCUUCGAAAGACACUGCGUGCCGCGCCGCAGCGAGGCCUACGAGCGCUUCCUCUUCCGCACCCGCUUCCAGGAGCCCCACGAGUCGCUGGAGGAUUUCCUGGCCGACCUGCAACGCAAGUGCCGUUUUUGCAACUUUGGGGCCCAGCGGGAGUCCCUGGUGCGGGAUCAAGUCGUGCUGGGUUGCCAAGACGGCCUGGCCAGGCAGCAGCUCCUCCAAGAGGACGGGCUCACCCUGGAAGGCGCCGUCCGGAUCUGCCGUUUGGCCGAGGAGGAGAAGAACAAGGAGGCUCAGACGGAGCUGAGGAUGGCUGAGAAACGCAGAGGCCAGGUUUCCAAAUGGAAGGUACGCCGUGUUCGGAGUUUGGGCAACAGGAUGGACAGCUGCUGGCAGCAGCAAUGCGACGACUGCCUCAGGAAGGAGACGUUCAAAACAUAUGUCUGA